GGCUUUCGACGUGCUCUCAUAGCGCCCUUUUUAAAAGGGAAGAGAGAGGAAAUAAAUCUCUUUCCACUUUUGCGUUCCGCGAAAAAGCGAGCCAAUGCGCCGGAGCCGCAGUCGCCGUCGUUGUCUCUGCGCAGCUUCCUUGCCCAUAUCUGAUUCCUCUUGAACCGAGGUUUGAAUUAACCUGUACUUGCGAGCUCCGGUGCAGUUCUUCUAUCUUCUUCUCACGCGUGUGAGGAUCCCUGUACCUGUGUCAGUGAAUCGACAAAAAUAGAAACCACAGAAGAGACACCAUGUCGGACAACAUGGAGCUCAAGGACGCGGCCACCACGGGCGUAUCGUACGGCACAGUCGAGUCCACACUGGUGAACCGACGCAAGGGAGCCUUCAAGAGCGUCUGGGACGAUGACAGCGACUCAGACUCUGCAGACGAGGACAACGACAAGGAUAAGAAGCCGCGCAUAAGGUUCGUGUUCCGGUGGAGCGACCUCAUCAUCAUCCUGGUGUACCUGGCGGUGUCGGCCAUCGGGCUGUACUUCGCCCUGAGCCGCAUGCUUCCGCAGGCGGAGAAGCUGCGGCUCGCCUUCUACAACACCACCAUCCCCGAGGGACCCACGCCGCUGGUGCGCGUCCCAGCGCCGCCCAUGGUGCUCGCGUGGGACGACCCACCCUGUAGACAGCUCGCCCGAGACCUACUGGACACAGGGGGCAACGCCAUGGAUGCCGCCAUUGCCCUGAGUGUGUGCAACGUGGCUCUAAGGCCGCAGGCGUGGAGCUUGGGCGGCGGACUUGUCAUGCUCGUCUACAACAGGACGACCAGGCAGGCUCACGUGAUCGACGCGCUGUCGUCGACCCCGAAGAACCUCUCCGCAGAAGAGUUCCAGAAGAAGCAGAGCAGCGGUUGGAAAGAGGCGGAGACGCUGGGAGUGCCAGGAGCCCUGGCUGGGCUGGAGCUGGCCAACAAGAGGUUCGGCCGGCUUGCCUGGCACUACAAGCUGGAUCCGGUGGCCGACCUCUGCGAGCAGGGCUUCAACGUCACCGAGUCCCUGGGACGCGUCCUGUCCGGAAAGAGCGGGGACCUCUGGAACCACCCAGAUCUGAGGGUGGAGUUCGUGCGCGAGGGAAACAAGGACGAGCUGCUGCGCGAAGGAGAGACCCUGAGGCGACAGUCGCUGUCCGAGACGCUGCGCCGCGUGGCCAAACUGGGCGCCAAGGAGUUCUACGCUGGCGUCAUCGCCAAGCUCGUGCUGCGGGACAUCGCAGCCGCAGGAGGCUUGCUGACCGCCGAGGACUUGGCUUCGUACGAGGCGCACGAGUACGACGCCGCGAACGUGUCGUGCGGCAGCGGCUCGUGGCUGCUCACUUCGGCCGCGCCCAGCGGCGGGCCCGCCUUGGCCAUGGCCGGGUCCCUGCUGCGCACCCUUGGUCCCCUGAUGCGCGCACAGGAGCUGCCCGCACAGUUCCGCACGCUCGUCGAGGUGUUCAAGCAGAGCCUGGGCCGCCGGCUGGACGCCACGGUCGCCUACUACGACGGCGCCCAGAGCGGAGUAGCGAGCAGCAUAAUCGACGGAGAGCUGCUAGAACCUCUACCCGUUGACGUCAGCCAUGCACUCGGCGACCCUGGUGUGCCGGAAGCAGUGGCUGUGGUCGACAACGCGGGGGACAUCGUCGUCAUCGCCAGUGAACUUCACGGAGUGUUCGGCUCGCACUUCCUGUCCAACUCGACGGGUGUGAUAUUCAACGGCGCCCUGAGGGAGUUCCCCGCGGCCAGCGGUGGCGAGGAGGAGAGCGCCCUGUUCCGACCAGGGGCGAGAGUGCCCAGCCCGGCGGCGCCCGCGCUGGUGGUCGACGACGCCGGUGACAUCCGACUGCUCUUCACCGCUGACGGACCGGGCAACCAGACUCUCACGGCGGCCAUGCAGUUCCUGUGGCGGGCGCUGCACACCAACGUGACCCUAAAGCAGGCCAUCGACGCCCCGAGGCUGCACCAUCCUCUCGUGCCGGACGUCCUGUACGCCGAGUACAAAUUCCCAGGGGUGAUCCUCCAGAAGCUGCACACCAUGGGCUACCAGCUGGAGACGCUGCGCACCAACUCAUCGCUCAGGGGCGUGCAGCGAGACAAUGGCACCUAUUUGCUCAAUCAGGACUACAGAAUAGUCUUCUGAACGCGUAGUUUCACGGGGGCCUACUGGAGAGUAAUCUGGGGCUACAGUCGCCAGUGAUGGGAAGUGCCUAUGGGUUUCGGAGUGAGGCCUAAUUGACUUGCGCACUGUGCUGGGAAUCCAAUCCUCCUGCUCAAUGUGUUCAGCAUGCUUUUUUUCUCGCUAUAUAUGCUUCGCAGCCGUUAUAGCUUUCUUGGUAUUGCGCUGUCGCCUGGUGGUUGUGCAUGCAUUUUAUGACUGCAAGUAUCCUUUCACAGGAAAACUGCUUGAUGGCGCUGCUAUCACUUCUAAAAAAACGAAUGUGCAAUUAACAAGUUAGUCCUUAUUCACAUCUGUAAAAAUCGGCGCUGCGUAACACACUGAACGAAGAAAGGAAUGAAGAGGCGAAGUGCCAAGCUCUAUAUAGUAUACACAUUCAGCUUUCGGACUUAAGGCGCACGGAAUGUACCACUCAUCGCUUCUCCCGUUGUUUUCUCAUCCUCCUUGUUCAUUGCGUGGUACAUACGUAGUCGCCACCACCGCGUAAGGAAAUCGGUGAACGUAUAGCAAAUUUUUCUUUAACUUUUUCAAGCUAACAGAGUUGCAUGAGCAAAUGCACACGGCCUGGAGAAGUCGCCUUAACGUUAGCGCCGGUAAAUACGCGCUUCGGGUGGCAAUUUCUACACGAAAAAAAAAAAAAAACCCUGUUUCAUUAAGAGCUUUCUUUUCCUUUCUUUUUUCUUUCGGGGUGGGGGGUUCCUGUCCAGAAAGGAACGCUUACCCAGUCAUAAGAAAUUACGGGCAAAGCCCUAAUAAGUCAAGCCCGAUGAUCACUCGUGUUUUCGAUCGUUUCCGUACAAAGUAAACGGCUAUUGAAGAACUCCUUGUAACUCAAUGUUAGCAUGAGAAUGUAUCGAGCGAUGCACAACGCUGCACAAAGUGCUGUCACCGUAUUAGUAUACUUGGCUCGGGCGCGCGUUUAGGUUGUGUAUUGUUCCGCUGUUGGAGGUAAGCCUCAGCACAAAACGUCGGCCUCUCAUAGCAAAGAACAAACCUGUUACUUACAGACUGGCCCUCUUCCUACGCACAAGAACCAAUAAGAAAGAUCAGCACGGGUGGCGACUUGUGCUGAUGGCAACGCGUGCGGCGCUGCAGCCAAGCCGACAAGCGGGAGUGCCGAAUCGCUCUUGAAUUAGCUUGGUUGGCUCGCGAUGUGCUCGUCGCUGAUGGGUUAAUUUAUUCGUCAGCAGAGGGUUGCUUGAUCCGGGGACAACUGAAGUCCCUAUAUAAGAAAAGUACCGCCAUCCUUUGAUCAACGCCGCUUCUCUCUCUCUCUCCUGUAUCUCCGAUUGGACGAUGAUAGCGCGCGCUUUCACUUCUUUAUAUUCUGUUGUUUUUUUUUUUUUUUUCCCCGCCUCAGAGCCAUGUUGAAAGUCCUCUGCGCAGCCGCUCUGCCGGCGGCGGCGGCGGCGCGCGCCCGGCCAGAAAGCUUCAACGCGGACUUUCUAGGGGCGCAACCGUCGACUUGCUUUCGCAAGCAAAAAGUAAAGAAAAAAAAAACAAGCGCUUUAGGAGAGGAGAUGGCGGAGGAAAGAGUAGAUGGCGCUACUUUUACUAUAUUGACCCUUUUCGUGGCGCUCCCAUGGGCGCUGCCAUGUUUGAUCACGUGGUGACGCGUCCAUUGCUUGCCUCAGCUGCCUCCGUGUUUACAAUGCAAGCGUGUGACGCCGGUGCGGCGCAGAGAACCUCUGUUUCAACGCAUAUAGUAGACGUUGACUGUGUGCACGACACGAAGCUUUGGCCACAACUUUAGAGGACAUGUAAAUGCUUUCAGAGCUCAUUACGCCUUGUCCAACCGGCGCGAGCAGCGUAUACGGUGCUUGUACUAAAAGCGGCGCUAGAAAUUUAUUCCAAGCUGUCCAAACUUUCCGCUUAUGAAUUAAACCGGGAUCAAUGUGCUCUUCGUUCUUUAUUUGCAAACAUUUUGAAGCAGCGGCUUGUCAUGUUUCUGACUCAGUAAAGUUCCUCGGUUCCUCGGUGCGGCCACUAUCUCAUUGUUUAUUUUCAGCCUAAUCGCUUGGCGAAUGUGCUCUGCUGCGAUAAGUUUGUUCUUGCUGCUCAUAAAGCUUGGAAUGUAAACGUUCUGUACUUUGCGGUAGCUUGUAGCAAAGACGUAUUAUCGCUAGUCCCUCGCUUAGUCUGUGGACCGUCACGAAACGUUGAGCUUCGAACAUUCGUGUGCUGUCGGUGUAGUCGCCGUCAUUCAUGCUUCGGCACAUUGAAGUGUGCACCCAUUCACUUAUUAUUGAUACGUUGGCGAUAGGGUAGGCGUAAGUUUGAGUGCGAGUAGGGGUGGAUGAGUGUAGAUAACGUGCCAGAAACUUACUGUGUCAGUAAGGGGCGCUAGUUCUUUUUGUAACGAGCAGUACUUACCCUUAAGUUCAGACGUUCUGGAGUUGAAGUCCUUUCUUUGGAGGUUAGCUAUACAGCGCUGGCGGAUUAAUUAUAAUUUUUUUAUCCUCGUGGAAAGCCGUGCAUCGCGAAGGGUCGGCAACACAGGCAGUUCUUAUGUAGCAGUGGCGACACAGGUUGAUUCCAUGCGAAUCACUAAUUUUGCAGCGACCUACCACACACGUCUUCUCAUUUUGCAGCAUGAAUUGGGCACAGUGCAUUAGCGAAUACCUGUUUGCAUUUCCGACAACUGAUCGCACAGUAGCAGGCCAGAAGCAGUAACGGUUUCGAUUUCGUGCGCAUUGGCCGAGGCUAGGUAUGGCGCGCCGCCGAAAGCGCCAUCUCGUUCCUCUAGAGCAAACUGCUCCGCGAAAAGGGUCAAUAGGGACUUUAGGGACAACAGGUCAGGCUUCAGACAGCGCACGUUCCAUUCUUUCGAGUGGUGAUAAACGGUCGACCGAGCUAUACCAAGGCCGAAGAGAGGCAACAACCCGGUAUUCUCGUUAUCUGCGCCUUAGUGGAACUGCAACGCCGCGCGCCACGAUUCGUACCUCGUGGUGCCAUUCAGGACGCUGUGGAAAUCGCCAUCUGUUGAUAGGCUCACCAGGCGGCUACGCCCUGCCCUGCCUGUUUGUCUCAACAUACAAACAUGACGAAAUUCGAUAACAAGACCGAAAUUGACCCAGCGUCCAGAAUAGCAACGCUGUUCACGUGGUGUGAAUUGGGCCACCUUGCAAUAUUAUACUUUUCUGGCGGAUGGAGGAGGAUGGAAGUGGGGGGAGGGGGGGGGGGGUUACUGGCGACUGUACUGUACCUUAAUGUGUCUAAGGCGAUUAGAGGCCUAUUACAGGCAACGAGCGUGGCCCAGCUGUAUGGUGUGUGCUAGAGCGAGUGCAUAGUGAAGCAGUUUUUAAACGUCGUUAAUGUGUUUUAUGUUUUACGACAGAGUUGAAAAAAAUAACUGCGUAUGACAGUAAAGCUUUGGCGUACCACAGAAAGCCCAGCGCAGCUGAAAAUACCAGUUAAAAAUGUUUAUGAGUUUACUUUGUGAAUUUAGGCUGUUUUGUUGUAGCAUAUACUGUCAUUUCCAUGAAACAUUGUCCUUACUUUGUGAAGUUGUUCACUGAACGCAAUGUAAAGAAGUAUUUGCGUGUUGAUAUAUAUCUAUGUACCUAUAUAAUCAUCACUUGCUGUCCAGCUGAUGUUGUAACCGCGCAUUUAUCAAUUCUGUAGGCGUUAAUAAUUUGCUAAACUGCACCCAUCAAUAACACGUGCCUUAAAUAUGUGACGCGGAUUUGUUGCUUUUGCAAUACGUUUUCGGGGGAAAUCAGUAUGAAGCCUACAAUGGUGGAGUUAUCGUGAUCGUCCGGCUGUAUACGUAGGCACGCUAUAGGGAGAAAUAUCGGCUCACUGAAGUUCGUACAGCCAUGCGCCGAUGUGGUCAUUUGAGCAUUACUAUUAUGGUUUCGGAAAAGCCUAUGACGACGGUCGCCCGCUAAGCAGUGAGUGAAAGUUUAAUGUAGAAACUAUACGGUUCUUGGACGAAACUUAAAAUGAACAUAAGAUGUAUCGUGUUAAACGUAAGUUUCGUUUAUGCGACAUUUUUUUUUUAAUCGCUUCAAAAAACGAGAAGUUCUGCUAACGCAACCGCGCGUGGAGCAGACAUUUCAAAGACGGGCGAAGUAUUUCAGCCGCCUCUGUCCCUGACGUGGUCGUGUCGCUGAUUGUUGGCCUUUCCUUCCGAGACGAAAUCGCUGCCACGAAAAACGAGGCGGGCAAGCACGCUUCCGUGCAUUCGCUGCUCGCGUCUGUGCCAGUCGCAGGUGUUUGACACCACCUCUAAACUCGCUUAUGGCCCAGUAUUCCUGACUUGAAGCCAUCGGUAGCCUUUGAGGUUUUAGUACAUAUACAGGAUAAUAGCUAUACAAAGGCACCAGCGACGAGUUCGCUGAAUGAGAUUUGUCAUUUUGUUCCUACUGGCACUAUUCUUUGUCGUUGCUUUACGUUAGUCUUUGUAGCAUGUCAGCAUGUUUUUUCUUUCCUCUUUAGUUCUCUUCUCUUAUCUUCAACUUUGGUUUCUAUACCUAUCCUUCCUAAAACAGGCGUUGUGCCCCUCUCGGCGGCGGUUGCCAGCAGAUGGAGCAACGACAGUACUAAUUUUUCUUGUUCCGGAAAUCUUAUAGUUGCGAAAUUAGCGUGCCCCCAUCUUGCAACGCGGUGACUUGGACUCGGUGUUCACACUCGAACAAAUCGCCACGGUGGUUCCGUUUAACUGACGGGGAGAUAAAAAUAGCAAUUUCACAAAUGCUACAAUACUGCUGUUAAUAAUAUUUAGAGGAAGAAGAGUCUGGAUCGGACAACACCACAGUUGUUAGCUUCUCUUUAUUUUAGAAAAUUAUUUCGUAUAUUUUCUACAACCGCCCGAUUCAUGGCCUACCCUCCGUGAUGGGUUGCGCCAUAACGCAUAUGAUAAACCAACCAACCCAAGCAGCAAAUGCGAUACUGAAAGAUGUGCGGCAAGAGUGCGCAUAUGGAAUAACAUUAGGGCACUUCGAGGGCGGCGUUAUUAGAGGUGGAGACCGUCCUUAAUUGCGAGUAGAUAUCGUACAAGAACUGCAUGUUUCUCGCGAACGAAGGCUUUCCUGUUGUUACGAGCCUGUGUCGCACAUUUUUGUGUCAAAGCUCAUCGGGGAAUGAAAGGGGAAACAAAGUCAGCGCCACCGUCUGAGGGUGACGGAUCCGGUAACAUACAUUUUCAUACCAUUAUUGUAAAGACGCUGCAAUCAACAGGACAUUUGUUUGUACGUACCGCACUGACGUCACAGGAGAGGGAGGCGGCGGGAAUUCGUUUUGCAAAGUUAUUUUAACAUACAUGCGCUGUAUUUAGAGUACCGUGAUGUACGAAACGUUGCAGCGAUUUGCGUUGCUCCAAGAUGCCAGGAACCACAACGGCGCAUGCGCAGAUGGCCACUGUAGUCGGCGCAUCAGCGCAACGAAUUAGCCAAUUAUGCAUUGAACUAAAGCAAAGCGUCCUAAUGCCAGAGCGCGCUGAAUGACAUUUCGGCGAACACUGAAGUACGCCUGGGAGCAGUAAUGCGACUCUACUUAAGGACAUUACAAUAAAUAAGGCAGCUAUCACAGAAGAGUGGCUCAUGGAGCAUAUCUCGAGAUUUGUAGACUGACAGAUCCGUGCAAGCCAACGAACAAAAAUGUAUAAGAAAAAAAAAAGUUAAAUGAUGGCUCCAGGUUGGUACAAGCGUGUACAUAUGAUAUUAAUUGUGCUUAAUGUACACUUAAAUAACUAUAAAUUAGAGUUAAGAGCAGUUUUUAUCAAAUCAAAGUGGAAUCAUGUUUAAUACGUACUGAAAACAUUAGUUUGCCGAAUUUGCUAAUAAUUAUGUUAUUGUGUACUAUACCAGCUAAGAACAUAUAUGUAGCCAGAUUUCCGGUUUAUUAUCUAAGUAUUGCAUAUUAUUGUGUAUUUGCCCAAAGUUAUUAAUAAAUGGUUAUAUGGCCA